AUGGGUGGGAAAAUAGACCGAAACGGUGGUCCCCCAAUCUUCCGUAUAAAUGGCCAGAAAUUCCAUUACAUUGGCAGUCUAUUGCCGGUAGAUGGCAUGAAACCGCAUUUCGCGCAGCUGUAUAUCUAUGAUACCAACAAUGAAAUGGACAACCGUGUCAAUUCUGUUAGGCAAGACGGUAAGCGAAACGACAUUCAUGUUGAGAUUGUCAAUGUGAUUCAAUCUGUUUUGGAUGAACACAAUGUGUUGGUCAAAACCUUUCGCAUGGCACGAGAUGAACUACAAAAAAACCCGACCGCUGAGGUUAAGAUAAAAUUGCUGGGUAAGAGAUCAAGGGAUGCUAGGACAUACAACUUGCCACAGGUCUCAGAGGUUGCUGCGUUGAUUGUUGGUGAUAUCGAUACUAAUAUUGGUGAACGCGACAUUCUGGUUGAAACCAAGAGCGGUCUCUUGCAACGAAUCACUGAGUUAAAUCCAGCUUACCUACCAAUGCAAUAUCCUUUAUUGUUUCCUUAUGGUGAAGACGGUUAUAGGGAGGACAUUCCAUUCUCAACGAUAAAGGGGAACACAUCUGGUGGUCGUCAAAGGAUAAGCCCUCGAGAAUAUUUUUCUUACCGUAUCCAGUCUAGGACAGCAGAAGUUUCAACAUUGUUGCAUGCAAGAAGGCUAUUCCAACAAUUCCUGGUUGAUGCCUAUACGAUGGUUGAGUCCGGAAGGUUGAUAUAUAUACGGACGCAUCAAAAAAGUUUGAGAUGCGAAUCAUAUAAUUGCUUGAAUGAUGCAUUAACAAGAGGUGAACUUGACCCCACUGCUCAAGGAAAACGAAUAAUAUUGUCUUCGAGUUUUACCGAUGGUGCUAGAUACAUGAUACAAAAUUACCAGGACGCAAUGGCGAUUUGCCGAUGGGUUGGAUAUCCAGAUUUGUUCAUCACGUUUACUUGCAACCCCAAGUGGCCUGAGAUACAACGGUUCUUGAGUUCAAGAAAUCUCAGGCCAGAAGAUCGUCCAGACAUAAUAUGUAGAAUAUUCAAAUUGAAGUUGGAUGCUCUACUAUCAGAAUGCCGAAAGAACAAGUUAUUUGGCCCAGUCAUUGGAGAAAGUGGGAUAAAUCUGGACAACAUCAUUUCAGCUAAAUUACCUGACCAAGAAAGAGAUCCAGAAUACUUCAAAGUUGUUGAGGAGUUUAUGAUGCAUGGACCUUGCGGGAAAGCACGGAUGACUUCUCCAUGUAUGGCAAAUGGUAAGUGUACUAAACACUUUCCCAAGAAGUUUGUUAAUACAUCAACUGUGGACGAGGAUGGGUAUCCUAUAUACCGCAGAAGAGACAAUGGCAGGUCUGUCAUGCGCAACGGUAUUGAGUUGGAUAAUAGGUACGUAGUACCACACAGCAGACAUUUGUUACUGAAGUAUAGGGCUCAUAUUAAUGUGGAAUGGUGUAAUCAAUCCCGGUCAAUCAAUUAUUUGUUCAAGUACGUAAACAAGGGCCAUGAUAGGGUUACCGCAGAGUUUUACAAAUCCAACAGCGAUGACGAAAGUCAAAAAGUGAUCGAUGAAAUCAAUAUGUUCUAUGACUGUCGGUAUAUUUCUCCGUGUGAAGCAGCUUGGCGAUUGUUUGGAUUUGAUAUACAAUUAAGGACACCAUCUGUUGAGCGAUUGAGCUUUCACUUGCCCAAUCAGCAAAGUGUUAUAUUCGCAGAUGACGAUCCUGUUGAUAACAUUCUCAGCCGUCCAACAAUUUUGCAAAGCAUGUUCUUAGAAUGGUUUGAGGCUAAUAAAACCUACCCAGAUGCAAAACAACUUACAUAUGCCGAGAUGCCCACUAAAUUUGUGUGGAAGAAAGAUGUUAGGAAAUGGCAACCAAGGAAAAUAGGAUUUGCCAUCGGUAGACUUUUCUAUGUGCCACCUGGUACAGGGGAGAUAUUUUAUUUGAGAUGUCUUUUGAAUAAAGUAAAAGGGCCCACGAGUUUUUUGGACAUAAAAACAGUAGAUGGUGUGCAAUAUGAUUCUUUUAGGGAUGCGUGUUCUGCCAGGGGAUUAGUAGACGACGACAAGGAGUAUGUUCAUGCUAUAGUAGAAGCAAGUCAAUGGGCGACCGGUGUUAAUUUGAGAAGAUUGUUUGUCACACUAUUAAUGUCAAACUCAAUGGCUAAACCUGAAGUUGUGUGGGAAGCUGCGUGGCACUAUUUGGCUGAGGAUGCACAAUUCAAAAUUAGAGCUCAAUUGGGGAUUACAGAUUUGAUUUUAUCUGAAGAUGAGAAAAAGAAUUUCGCACUUCGCGAGAUAGAAAUAAUGCUUUCUGCUAUCGGAAAGAGUUUGAAAGACUUUCCGUUGAUGCCAAUGCCGGAUUUAGAGAUUAUGAUAGAACCACCGAGCGUAUGA